ACAGCUGCUGACGUAUCUGUUUUGACGGAUCCGGAUAAGUACACGAUCUGACCGACAUCCAAAAUCCAAAUAUAUAUAACAUAAAACAAUAUAACACGAGAAUAUUUAACAAGAAAAACCAUGGGCUCUUCAAUACGAGAGAGACAGAUAAAUCUGUUGAAGCAAAUGAUAAAUUUCAACCAACCUAUAACUAAAUCAACUAUCAUGGAACCAUCAUGGAAAAUUUUGGUGUACGACAAGUAUGGACAGGAUAUCAUAUCCCCCAUUCUAUCAGUCAAGGAAUUGCAAGAACUAGGUGUGACUCUCCACGUCCAACUACACUCACCUAGAGACCCUGUUCCAGAUGUGCCUGCUAUUUACUUUUGCCUGCCCACUGAAGAGAACCUAGGACGAAUAAGCCAAGAUUUACAAAACCAGCUAUAUGAAUCAUAUUACUUCAAUUUUAUCUCAUCCAUAUCCCGGCAAAGAUUGGAAGACUUGGCAUCUGCUGCAAUCAAUGCUCAGAGUGUGGCCCAGAUCUUAAAAGUUUGUGAUCAAUACCUGAAUUUCAUUUCUCUGGAAGAUGAUUUGUUUAUCCUCAGAAAUCAGAACAGUGACAUGAUAUCCUACUACUCUAUGAACAGGGGUGAAAUAACAGAUACAGAGAUGAACAACAUUUUAGAUGGAAUUGUUGAUAGUUUAUUCUCUUUAUUUGCCACAUUAGGCACUGUUCCGGUAAUUCGAAGUCCUAAAGGAAAUGCAGCUGAAAUGGUAGCUGAAAAACUAGACAAGAAAUUAAGGGAAAGUUUGCGAGAUACAAGAAGUGGUCUUUUUACUUCUGAUCUAACCCAAAGUUUUGGAUUUCAGAGGCCUUUGUUGGUUCUCCUCGACCGUAACUUGGACAUGGCUACACCUCUCCACCACACUUGGACUUACCAAGCCCUUGUACACGAUGUUUUGGAUUACACUUUAAAUCGUGUGGUCGUCCAGGAACCAGAAAGUGAUGCCAAUCACCAUCCGGAUAGCCAUCGGCACACGCCUUCUCACAAAGCCAAAAUAAAGACUUGUGAUUUGAACCCAUCCGACAAAUUUUGGAUAUCUUAUAGAGGCAGUCCUUUCCCAACAGUAGCAGAAUCCAUUCAAGAAGAACUGGAAGAUUACAAAGCCUCGGAGAGUGAAGUGAAACGAUUAAAAGAAUCAAUGGGAUUAGAUCCAGACGGAGAAGCCGCUAUGAGUUUGAUUUCCAACACAACAGCCAAGCUGACUUCAGCAGUUAGCUCUCUACCCCAGCUUCUGGAGAGGAAGCGGCUUUUAGACAUGCAUACAACCAUAGCAACAGCCAUCUUGGAGCAAAUCAAGCAGCGAAAACUGGACGUUUUACUAGAGGUGGAGGAGAAGGUUAUGAGCAAAAACGCCUUAGAUCGAUCUGUCUUAGACAUCAUUAGUGAUUCAGAGUGCGGAACUCCAGACGAUAAACUCAGGCUAUUUCUGGUCUAUUUUAUUUGUUCACCUAACAUGACUGAGUCCGAAACUGAUCAGUACGCCGCUGCACUAAAAGCUGCUGGCUGCAAUUUAGCAGCUUUGCGCUAUUUGAAGCGCUGGAAGUCGUGCAGCAAGAUUGCGACUGGCUCUAGCCAGUACUCGGGAGGUGGAACUAGAACAGUGAACAUGUUUACGAAACUUAUGUCCCAAGGCUCGAAUUUUGUCAUGGAAGGCGUGAAGAACUUGGUUGUAAAGAAACAUAAUUUACCAGUUACACGGAUUGUUGAUCACUUGAUGGAACUGAAACCCUCUCCAGAAACCGACGAUUACCGUUAUUUUGAUCCAAAGCUUUUGAAACCUAGUGAGGGUGGUAGUACUGCUCCUCUUAAGAGUCGUGCCCAAUUCCAAGAUGCUAUUGUAUUCAUGGUGGGUGGAGGGACGUAUGCCGAGUAUCAAAAUCUUGUCGACUAUGCUAAAUCGAAAACAGUGGGAGGUAACGCGAAGAAAAUUGUCUAUGGUUGUUCCACUUUAAAUAACGGAAAUCAAUUCUUAAAACAGUUGGCAUUGUUGGGUGAAGAUAUUCAGUAAAAAAAAGUGGAAGUCGAAGGAAAUUAUUCCUCGCCCUUGUUUGUUAAAUGAAAAUCCAAUAAAAAAGCAAUUUAAGAAUGCGA